AUGGGCACCUCCUCAUCAGAGAUUUUAGAUGUAUAUUGGAAUCAUCUUGACAUUGAAGAAAAUAUCAGCAAUGCAGUAUUGAAUAUGGAUACCGAAAUCCCGUGCUUUGUAUCUGAGUCUAUUAGUGUAGUAUCUGAACCUUCCUCUCUCAUACGAUCAAAAUGGCUGUCAACAUUGACAUCAGGGAUUUCAACUGUAAUUUUAAUAUAGACUUUGGAAUGUGCUGGAGUAGCUUCUUUAGCGCUUAUCAAAAUAAUAAGAAAUUCAGAGCCUAGAAACUGUGAUGACAGUUCAUCAGAUGAAUCAUUAGAAGAACUGAUGGCUCCUCGAAUGAAAUUAUCGUCAUCGAAAUCUUGUCCAGAGCUAAGUAAGCUUCAUUCAUAA